UAAAGGUCCAAUAGCCGUUGCUACCGGAUUCCCGGGAAUCGGUUGACAACUACAUUUUCACCUAUCUUCUUCCUCUUCCUCUUUUGUUCGCGAUGACCUUCCUGUGCGACGCUGUAACCAAGAUCAAAGAAUUAAAAAUAAUCUUUCUCCUUCUCAGGUUGUGCACCAGCAUAGCUUUUUUUUUUUUCUUCCUUGUCCUUUGCAUUCAUUCUUACGCUUACUCCGGUAUACGUGGCGCCACGAAAGACUGUCGACUGACACCUAGGCAUCCACCAUUGAGGCUGAAAAGGUGCAAUGGGGAUUCGUGGUGGUUGGCCUCAUCGCAUCUAGCAUUGCAUGUGACAAGCAAGUAACAAGACAGGAAGAACGAAUGAAAUACUGUCUUUGGUUCUUUGUCCAAGAGCUAUGCGGGUAUCAUCGUAUUGGUUGGAGAAGAACUCUACU